CAAUAUGCAGCAAUCUUGGGACGUUGCGAUUACACUGAUAAUUGUGACUUGAAACCAAAAACAAGGUCUCUUGAUUUUCUUUCUAUUUUGGGGAUUUUCCAUAUUCCACUUAUUCGGUUAACUAUUCACUUAUCCUUUCUGUAAAUUUUAUUUCCCAACACGAAGGUCUAAAUGCUGAUUCAAAAGCUUCUCCACACUAUUUAUUCAUUGUAUUGUUAACUUAAAAAUGCCCAAAUGUUAAAAUAUUGACUCUAAAAACCCAGAAUCAGCGUAUAAAAUAUCCAUCAUGUGUAUGUUUUAAAUUGUACAAUGUAAACUCCUCUCAGAUUGUUGAAAACCAUAAAACAUCAGGAUCGACCCUGUGUGUGGCGUAAAACAAACUUUCCCGAUGCUUAUAAAGAUCUCAAAGCCACAGAUGUGAGAGCUCCAACUCUCAGUUGUCCUUCAAGCUCAUCCUGACACACCAGACUCCAUUGAAAAACCUGUCAAUUCAAUUUGUCCUUGAUAAUUUGGAUGGGUAGAAAAUGAUUUAAAAUCUUUCAAUCCAGACCCCAAAUCUGUAUCCCCCCAUGCUUGUGCAUAAUGAUUAUUUGUCAUAUGAUCAAUGAUUCUCACUAACUGGAGGUCGCAGUUUAGUGACCUUGCCAAGACUAUUUAUUCCUAUAUUGCACAGAUGCUAUAAAAAUGAUCAUUGAGUCUUCAUCAGAAUUGGUAUUUUGUUAUAAAACCGUAGCAAAAAAACAACUGCAUUUAUUCUGAAAGGAGACACCGGAUGCACACGUGUCUAUCCGCAGGAGCUUCACCUGUCCGGUGUCAGCGCAGCCAGGACCGGGUUUUCUUCAUUCAAAAGGCUCUUCCAGUGCUGGACGCAUCUACACCGAGCCACACAGACACUUUUAGCCGCAGUUGGGUUGCGGUCACACGGCCAUGGCCUCCAUCGUUUGCCGGGUCCAGUACCUGGAGGACUCGGAUCCGUUUAUCUGCACAAACUUUCCCGAACCUCGGAGACCUCCGACGGUGAGCGUGGAGGAGAACCUGCCGCUCAGCGAGCAGAUCGCCGGGAUACACAAGCUGCUGGAGGCGCCUCUGACGUUGGAGGAGUGCACCCUUCAGUUGUCUCCUCAUGGAAACUAUCUGGACCUGGACUCGUCUCUGGCCGAGCAGAGAGACGAUCUGGAGAGCUUCUAUGAAGACGUGACAAAAGGGAAGAAGCCCAUUCUGAUCCUGAGGACUCAGCUCUCUGUUCGUGUUCACUCCAUCCUGGAGAAGCUGUAUAACUCUCAGGGUCCAGAGCUCAGACGGUCCCUCUUCUCUCUCAAACAGCUCUUCCAGGAUGAUAAAGACCUGGUUCCAGAAUUCGUGGCCUCUGAAGGUUUGACGUGUUUCAUUAAAGUUGGAGCGGAGGCCGACCACAACUACCAGAACUACAUCCUGAGAGCUCUCAGUCAGAUCAUGCUGUUUGUGGACGGUAUGAACGGGGUGAUAAACCACAAUGAGACGGUGCAGUGGCUCUACACGCUGACAGGAAGUCUGUCUCGUCUGGUGGUGAAGACGUCUCUGAAGCUGCUCAUCGUCUUCGUCGAAUACGCAGAGUCCAACAGUCCUCUGCUCAUCAACGCUGUCAACACCGUGGACGGAAGGAGAGGUGUGAAGCCGUGGAGCUACAUGAUGGAGGUCCUGGAGGAGAGAAACGGCUCCGACACAGAGCUCCUCAUGUUCGCCAUGACGCUCAUCAACAAGACUGUAGCAGUGCUCCCUGACCAGGACUCGUUCUACGAUGUGACAGACAGUCUGGAGCAGUUGGGAAUGGAAACCAUCAUCCACAAACACAUGACCAACAAGGGGACAGAGCCAGACCUCCGAGCACAGUUCAUUAUCUACGAGACAGCUCUGAGGUACGAGGACGGUGAGAUGGACGACUCCUCCCCUCACAUCCGUAAGGAGAGAAGAAAGAUGGCCACCAGCGAGCAGGAGGGACGAAAGAGCCGCCGCUCGUCCAGCCAAAACCUCCCCGACCUCCUGUCCUCCUCCUCAGGCUCCUCCCCCUCCGCCUCCCCCACCCCCCCUACCUUCCUCUCCCCACCACUGCCAACACCCUCUGCCUCCUCCCCCAGCCCCACGGUGGAGUUCGGCAGCAGGGCCUCGUCCCCACUGACCUCUGAACCCGACAGCCCUGCUUCCAGUCCGUCCGGGUCCCAGAGAGGAUCUCCUCUGACCCCCCACGCAGCCCCCAACGAUACCAUGACCCCAGAGCAGGAAACAAAGACACCAUCCAGCGCGAGUCGCUCUUUCCUCAGCCACCACAUGUCCGCUCUGGGUCUGAGCAGGAAGUCCAGGCUCUUCUCCAAAACCAGCUCCAUCUCUGAGGAGCCUCCAGCCGCCUGCAGCUCGUCUUCCUCAGACCUCUCUCACCAGCAGAACUCGUCCCAGUUGAACCCGGAGCAGCCUGGCAACAAGACGGAGACUAAAACCAGCUUCAACUCUGGGGAGGCUGACCUGCCCUUCUGCCCGGAUGACUGUAAUGUAAAUCAGGACAAGCCGGUUCUGAGGAGGUUUGCAGGCACCUUUCUGCGCAGCCUGGCAGCCACACAGUGGGAGAAGAAGAGAAGAAGUAAACACCUCGGCCAGCCUGAGGAUAUCAUAACCCCGAGCCUGCAGCCUGCAGAGGAGGGCGGCGGCGGCGGCGGCGGCGGCCCAGCUGUGGAGCUGUCCCGUCAGGUCUCGACAUCUGGCAGUUCGGACACAAACGGACACUCCGACUCCCAGAAUGACCCAGAAUCGUCGGUGCAGCGGCAGUGCAGCACUCUGUCCGACGACAAGAAGUUUCUGCUGGACAUGCUCUACUCCAAGACCUCCACCCCAGCGCCUCUGAGCCCGACUGCUGCUGCUCCCGACACCACCGAGGAAGAAGGGAGCUUCCAACCCGGUGGAGAUCUGAGCAGUCGGGGUCGUGUGUUGGAGCGUCUGUCCAGCUUCAGAGCGCGCUCAGUCCAGCCUUCCAGCGCCAGCGAGAGCAGUGCCUCCCGCAGGGCGGAGCUGGAGGGGCUGGAAGGCUCCGCCCAGGCAGCUCUGGCCCGACUGGCUGAAGAACAACAGAACCGUCACCUCCGGCAGCAGAGCAGCAUCGACAUGGAGAGCCACGCCCGCCGCCUGGAGACGACCCAGAUGACCCCGCUGUGCCCCGGGGGCCCCGCCGACGCCUGGGAGCAGCUGCAGCCGAGCGCCGCCGCCCUGCGCAUCAAAGACCUGGACUUCUCUGACCUGCUGGAUGAAGAGGACAUCGAUGUCUUGGACAUGGACACAUUCGACUCCUCCUCCCCCUCCUCCUCCUCCUCCCUCUGCUUCUCUGGCAUCCCUCCUCCCCCUCCUCCUCCUCCUCCCCGGGCCGCUGCUCCUCCUCCUCCUCCUCCCCCUCCUCCUCCACCAGGGGGUCUAGCCCCCCCACCUCCUCCCCCUCUACCAGGUGCUCCUCCUCCUCCUCCCUCCUCCUCAGCAGCGUCCUCCCAGAAGAAGAAGAAGACGGUGAAGUUGUUCUGGAAGGAGCUGAAGCAGGCAGACGGACCUCAGAAGUGCCGGUUCGGUCGGGGGACGGUGUGGGCGUCUCUGGACAAGGUGGCAGUGGACACCUCCCGACUCGAACACCUGUUUGAGUCUAAAGCCAAGGAACUGCCUGUUGCCAAGAAAGGACCUGAGACAAAGAAGUCUGAGAUUCUGGUUCUGGACUCCAAGAGGAGUAACGCCAUCAACAUCGGUAUGACCGUCCUGCCAGCUGUCCACGUCAUCAAGACUGCCAUCCUCAACUUCGACGAGUUCGCCAUCAGCAAGGAGGGGAUUGAGAAGAUCCUGACCAUGACCCCCACAGAGGAGGAGAAGCAGAAGAUCCAGGAGGCUCAGCUGGCCAAUCCUGACGUUCCUCUCGGCACGGCGGAGCAGUUCCUGUUCAGCCUGGCCUCCAUCAGCGCCCUGACCCCCCGCCUGCAGCUCUGGGCCUUCAAACUCAACUACGAGGCUCUGGAGAAGGAGAUAGCGGAGCCGCUGUUUGACCUGAAGCUGGGCAUGGAGCAGCUGGCCUCCAAUCAGGCCUUCAGGAGGAUCCUGGCGACGCUGCUCGCCAUCGGAAACUUCCUCAACAGCUCCAAUGCUAAAGGCUUUGAGCUGGGUUACCUGGAGAAGGUGGUGGAGGUGAAGGACACGGUUCACCGUCAGUCUCUGCUGCAUCACACCUGCAGCCUGGUGGUGGAGAAUUACCCAGAAUCCUCUGACGUCUACUCCGAGAUCCCCGCCAUCACCCGCUCCGCCAAAGUGGACUUUGAGCUGCUGUCGGAGAACCUGGUCCAGCUGGAGAGACGCUGCAAAGCAUCAUGGGACAACCUGAAAGUGGUGGCCAAGCAUGAAACCAAAGCGGUGCUGAAGAACAAGAUGACGGACUUCCUGAAGGACUGCACGCAGAGGAUCAUCAUCCUGAAGGUGGUCCACAGGAGGGUCAUCAACAGGUUCCACUCCUUCCUGCUGUUCCUGGGUCAGCCGUCCUCCUCAGUUCGGGACAUUAAAGUCACCAGUUUCUGUCGGAUCAUCAGUGAGUUCGCUCUGGAGUAUCGCACCACCAGAGAGCGAGUCCUCACCCUCAAACGCAAGCGAGCCGCUCACAGAGAGAGAACCAAGACCCGAGGCAAGAUGAUCACCGAGACGGAGAAGUUUUCGGGGGCGGUGCCUCAUCAGGACAGCCCCUCCCCCGUCUCCAUGGCAGCGGAGGCGGAGCCGGGUCAGGAGGAGCACGAGAACAUGAAGAACCUGCUGAUCAGCAGCAGCAGCAGCCUGAGUGUUGACCAGAGAGGCCUGAGACGCUCCAGAGCCGUCCGCAGUCUCGGCAGGGUGAGUCCGCCUCAGAUGUCUGUAGCCAGAGAAGACGGGGCCAGCUCCCAGGACGACGCCACGGACGAGAUCAUGGACCGGCUGGUCAAGUCCGUUACCCAGAAUCCAUCUGACAGACCGUCCAGCCCCAAGACCCGAAAACGGUCCCGACUGAACAGGAAGUCAUUGAGGAGGACUCUGAAGAGCGGUCUCAGUCUGGACGUGGUUCAGGCUCUGGGACUCAACAGCAAGACGGGAGACAAAGUCUGAGCAGAGACUCAAACUGAUCGAUCGAUGUUGUCGAUCAGUGAACACUAUUGAUUGAAGAGACUAGACCCAGACCAGCUGAGAGACACCGCCGGACGACACGGGGAACAGACGGCGUUCGGUUUCCUGCAGGAGGAGAAUCAUCGGCCUGCUCUAGGACGUAGUUCUCUCAGCUGUUCGGUUACAAACAUGUUUGAGUGAAGAAAGUGCGGCACAUUUGACUGGAUCCUGGUUUCUGGUACCUGGUUUCUGGAUCCUGUUUCCGGUUUCCGGUUUCUGGUUUCUGGUUUCUGGUUCCUGGUUUCCGGUUUCCAGUUUCUGAUUGUUCAUGAAUGUUUAUGAAUUUGACACAAAAUGAUCGGACUGCAGAAAGCUGAGUGAUAAAACCGACAUCAGGACGGUUGAAACGUUUCUCCUUCCUGACUGAACUGAAGUGUUUAUUAAUAUUAUAUUUAUAUUAACAUGUAAACGUGUAGCAGACGCACACAGAUGAGUGUAAACCACUGAGGAGGCCGGGAGCAGCGCCCGACCUCCCCCCGCCGCACCUUCACAAAACCUCUUCACCUCUGUUUCCACGCAGAGGCAGCUGUUAGGAAACAGAGGAACCCCUGUCCCCCAGCUCAGCAGGUCCAGGUUUAGUGGUGGUUCUGGAGCUUCUGAUUGGACUGCAGAUGGUCACGUUUCUGUGUUUUAAGCACCUUAAAGUGUAACUAAACACUUCCUGUAGAUCUGGUCUUUGUUGACCUUCGCUGGUUUUAACUUCUCACCUUCCUGCAGUGAUGUACAGGUGUACUCCAGCACGCUGUGACAUCACUGUCGGGCGUGGUCACAGGUGCAACACCAGCAGCUGUUCAGCCUGCCGUUAAGUUCCUCUUUAAACACUUUGUGUCUCGUAUGAGUCGUCAAACCUGCUGCUCGUGUUUUUCUGAAUGCGGCUCGUUCAGCGGGAAGUCGUUUUCUUCAUUUGAGUCUUUUUGCUUUGUGUUUUCUUAAACUGCAGCGCUGCUGUGGAUCUCUGAUUAACACGUUUACCACGUUACACAUUCACCCAAUGUUAUAACUGUAACAAUCACACUGAAGAAUUAAAGUUCAACUGACACGGGAGCAGUUUGAAACGCACAUUUAAUCUGAGCAUCAAACAUUUUCCGUCCUGGAAAGUCCUUUAAAGUUUUUGAAAACGGACGGCCUUGAGAAUGUUCGAAUGUUUAAGCCAAAUCCAGUUCUUGAAGUUCUGGGAUCACAUGAAACACUAACGCAGGUCUUUGAAUUUCACCACACGUGCCCUCUAAACCUUUCUACAGUCUUCUGCAGCGAUUUCUGAACCAGGACUUUAAGAAAAUAGUUAUUAGUCUAUAAUAAUAGUUAUUUAUUCAUUUUGCAGUUAAAUAAUGCAAUUAAAAGAUUAUUACUGCUGAGCAUCUCUAUUUGAUUAUUCUGAAUAGACCUGAUGGAUGAAAUAAAUGUCUUUACAGUUUGUUCAUACAAUAUUACACUUGAAUGUUAAAGCAGGAGACAAAAAGUGUGAAAACACAUUUAAAAUUUCACAAAUCAUUUAAAAGAGAAUCAAACUGAAGUCGGCACGUUUAAUUAUCGCUUUUAAAUCUUUUUACAGUAACUUUCAGUUGCAGAGUUUAAAUGACAAAAUGACUUUGAAACUGCAGAUUAAAGGUUUUGUCUCGACCUUGGCGACGGCGGACUUUUGAUCGUAUCACAUGAUCUUCCUCAGGUUGUUUUGUCAGCUUUAAAAAUAGAUUUCCAAACGUCGCAGAAACACACCUGCUCCGUCGUCACUCCAGCUGCACACAGAAGUCCUUCAGGAGAAAGUGAGCGUGAACGUUUCAACUACAACACACAAUCACAGAAAUCACUAACGUGGUACAGAAGUGUCACCUGUCACCUGCCACCGCUUUAAGUGUGUGUGUGUGUGUGUGUGCUUGCUACAUAGUGAGGACCGAAACACGGUUUUUACCUACAGAGUGAGGACCUUGUGUUUGAAGACUUGGGUUUAAGGGUAGAAUUAGGUUAAGGUGGUGGUGGUGGUGGUGCGGGGCUGGGGAAUGCAUUCUGUCAGUGACGGUCCUCACAGGGAUAGAAGUCGGAGGAUUGGUGUUUAUUAGCGUGUGUUCGCAGGAUGUACAGUCGUCCUGCUGACUUCAGGUGAAACGCUUCUUCGCUGUUUUCAGACAAACUGUACGAAGACGAGGACUCUGUUUUACCUUAAAGAGCAACACGAACCUUCUGUAGAAAGACUCAGUGGAAGAUUGAAUGUGUUCCAGGUAGAAUUAAUAAAGGUUUUUAAUAAAGAA